AUGAGCGACACGUACAUUAGCGAUUGGUCUCUGAACAGUGCAGAGCUACGCACGGAGAGCCCACGCUUACAUCGUUUACUGUGUAUAAACGGCAAAAAAAAUCCACUUGGGUCACUUGGUUCCGCCUCCAGUCUGGUUUCUUAGGGGGAUUUUUCAACUCUUCUCAACACAAGGGGGCUCGUGUCUUGAAGCUGCAAAACGAAAGUAUGUUGCUGCAGACCAAGACGAGGCGCCUGAAAGAAAAGUGAUUUGGCUUAUGGAGCUGAACUCUGAUGGUCUGAAAGCACCGUAAUGAGUGGGAAAGUCUGGAUAUUUAUAAGUGCUAUUUCAUGCAUCACCCAUAUUUACCAUGUCCAGUCCAAGUGCAUGGAUCAAGAUAUUAAGUUACAUCUGGAUGAGCUGUUGUUGAAGGAGCACAUGUUUCGGAUUAAGGUGUUCUCACCUGACACAAAGGAGCACGAGCUUCUGUCAGUAGUAAAUACUCUGUGUGCGUAUUGGACAAAUAAUAAGGAUAAGGAUAUAGAAAAAUUACAAGUGCUAAAAACUUUCGAUAUAAUGCUGCAUGAACUACAUAAACAAUUUGAAGACGUUUGUACAAAUCUCAACUGCACAGAAGCUUACGCUGUACAUGCCAUUGAUACAGCCGCUUUCGGUGAAAUGUACAGGAAUUCUUGCAAUUUAUCAGUAUCAGACCUGAAGUGUCCAUCAAAGAGCGAACCUUUAACAACGAUCAGCCCGACUCCCGAAUUCAGCACAACAUUUUUAACGACGGUCAAUUUAGUAACCACAGACCAUGAAAGCAUAACAUCUUUAACAACAGUGAUCAGCCCAAACAUCACUGCCCCCGAAAAUUUGACAGCAGAUCCAUCGGCACAGACAGAAGCCAUCAUUAAAGAUGGCAGUCAGCGGGCUACCCAUGGACUCCUGAUUGUGUCAUUUCUGCUGAAUAUAUUUUUACUCUUCGUUGUGUUAAACAUGUACAGGAAGUCAAAAACACACAGUGAGACGCCACAUGAGUCACAAGUCAUUUGAUUUAGUAAAUGAAUAAUUUUAGCACUUCGGUGGUUUUCCAGCGACAAACAUCAUGUCCUCCAACCAAUACAUCUGUAUAGGUCAUUUGCACAAAUCCCUGAAAUAUCCCAUCAAAUAACCCAUCAAAGCAGAUAUUAUCUGUGUUAAAGUUAGGCCUUGUGUAGCUCAGUCUCUAGAGCAUUGUGUUUUUGCAAUGAGACAACCUUCAGGUAUGGGUUCAAACCCAAAAGUGCACAUGCUCACAAAACACGUAUUUUGAUUGACAAAAAUAAUCUUAUGUGAGACAGACGCAACAUGACACUGCCAUUAUUUUUAAGCCCGCUAGAGAGCACUUAACCUAAAAACAUAAAUAAAGGCAAAAACUACCUAUAGGGUUAUUGUUUGUUGGAGGACCAGCUGAUCAUUCUCCAGUCAUCUGUUACUGCAUCCACACUGUUUUUAAAAAGUAUUUUUCAGUUGCUAAUUGUAUAUGUCUUAUUGUGUGUUUUGGGCACCAAUAGAAUCCAUCACACACCGGUAGACAUACAGUAAAUGGUUUACUGACCCAGAGUGACACAGAAUUAAAUGGUCUGUCUGUCAGUCCCAGUCCCCCAGUUUGGGAUGUGUUUUAAGAAAUAUUUUAAAUAUACCACAAUUUGCAAUCGUAGAUUAUUUUAUUAAUCUUAUUAUUUAUUAUCAUUUUUUUAAUUUGGUCUACUUAGCUAUACCCAGUUCUGUCCAUUGUUCUGUCUAUUAUAUAGUUUUUGUAUUAGUACAGAAAUGAUUAGAAAAAAAAUCUGUCCUCAUCCUCCUGCUGGAGCAGGGUGAUUGCUCUCUCAAGAACUAUACAGAGACCUUCUUCAUCCUCUCCAAUGACUCCUGUUACCCAGACAGCUUUCUGUGCGGGAUUUACUUCCGCGGACUAAACACCUCCAGUCAAACUUAGCUGUCCGGAAAUGGUCCUCGAGAGAGCAUCACCAGUUACAUCGAGUAGGUGCUGGUGUCAUGUAACUUGCCAAUGACUGUUCAGCCCAUGGACAAUGACACCAGUCCCACUCAGGAUCCAGAGUCCAGCCCACCAUCUCACCGCGUUGCGGAGCCACAGCCUGAGCCCACCGAUGAAGCAGUUGCGGAGUCUCACACGACCAUGGAGCCUUCGCCGGAGAGAGCGACAGAGCCGUGGAGUGCCACCCGACCCAGGUGCGUGAGCCAGCAACAGAGCUUGCCAUGGUGGAGACAGCCGAGUACAGCGAGAGCGUAGAGUGGGCCCCGUCCUCCACCAGAACCUCCUCCCAAGUUCCUGUUUUUGUUUUGUUUUUUUUUGGUGUGAGGACACACCUUCCGGGAGGGGGCCAUAUGUCACAUGUGGACUUUUGUAUUUUACUGUAUUGUUCAUAUUAUAUAAUAUCUUACUAUGUUUAUAUUUUACUAUGUUUGCGUGUAAGAGUAAGAGGACAUGAGGACAUUCAUAAUAUAUUUCUGGGUAUCUCAGAUUAUGUUAUUGUUUUGUGCUAAAAUUUGCAUUGUUUGCGGCAAUCGCACCUAAUAAAACUGGAAAUAUUAUCAUGUA